AUGAUGGACGCACUGCGCGCGCAGAAGCAGAAGCUGCUGGACCCGGAGAGCGGCCAGCCAGCGGACGGCUCGCCCGGCUCCAACAGCAGCAGUAGCAACAGCUUCUGGCUGUGCCCGAGUCUGUCGUACCAGGAGCGCGUCAUCGGCUGCGUCACAUGCUUCAUGCUGGGCUUCGUGCUGUCGCUGGGCUCGACCUUCCGCCUGGCCAAGCUGGUGCACGGCAACCCGGCGCCCUUCGCCAUCGCGUACACCAUCGGCAACGUCCUGUCCAUCGGCUGCACCACCUUCUUCGUGGGGCCCUGGAAGCAGGUGCAGACCAUGUUCCACUCCAAGCGGCGCUACUCGGCGCUCGUGUACGUCGUCUUCAUCUUCGUGACGCUGCUGCUCUGCUUCUCGCCGCACAUCCACCACCGGAUGCUGCUCGUGCUGCUCUCGGUGAUCGUGCAGUUCCUGGCGCUCGUCUGGUACACGCUGUCCUACGUGCCCUACGGCCGCAGCAUCGCGCUCAGCUGCUGCAAACGCGUCUGCGGGCUGGCGACGGACGACGACGUGUGA